CCAAAUCAAUUUUGUUUCUAUUGGAUUCCUUGAACUUUUUGUAAAUUUCUUUUAUUCGGAUGAUGAUAGCAAAAAACCUAAUUGUGGAUUAUAGUUCGCGUGUGUUCGACAGAACGGUGAACUGAAACCGCCACAAUUAUGACCACUUCAGAGUUGGAUAGCCGCAACAUUGCAAUUUCAAUGAGAAAGUCUGUGGAGAAUCUAGUGAUAUCGUCACAGGAUGCCAUAGGACAGAGUAUCAGCCAAGCUCUCACCUUCUCAGGGGUCAUAACACAGCACAACACUCAGAUAUUACAAGAAAACAGGAGUGUGUCACGAUCUCCAUCGCCGUCCCUGCGAGCCACCGACCCUUUGGACCUCCUUGACAAUGAGAAGUGUGCCGACUCAAUAUUCGUUUCGUCGCAGGCGGGCGGCGGCGACUCAUCGUCGGUGUCGAGCACCGAACCUGCUACCGUGGUCCCGGCGUCCAACUCGAUCAGAGGCGACAACCCCAAGGUACAGGUGACGUCUCCAAAUGCGGUACGAGCUGACGGCACCCGCAAGAAGAAAAGCUGGUACAACGCUCUGUACCCCACGUACAAGAGUAAAUCUGAUGACUUCAAGCGGCUGUUCAAGGAUCUACCUGAUGAUGAGAGGCUCAUUGUAGAUUACUCGUGCGCGCUACAGAAGGACAUCCUGAUGCACGGGAGGCUGUACGCGUCUCAGAACUAUCUGUGCUUCCACGCGAGCAUCUUCGGCUGGGAGACGUCCCUCUCGCUCCGGUGGAAGGAUGUCACAGCCAUCACCAAGGAGAAAACAGCCCUGGUGAUCCCGAACGCAAUUCUGGUGUGCACUGAAAGCGAGAAGAACUUCCUCACAUCGUUCUCUGGUCGCGACAAGGCUUACCUGAUGCUGUUCAGGGUGUGGCAGAACGCGCUGAUGGAUCAGCCGAUGAGCAGCCAGGAGAUUUGGCAAUGGGUACACAGCUGCUACGGCGAGGAGUUGGGAUUCAAUUCCGACGACGAAGGCUACGCGCGAGACUGCUCCGAGGACGCGCCGGCGUUGCCCGACGCCGUAUCCGAGGUAGACUUGGUGGAUACAUCACUGGUGAUGGACACCAGCGGCGGGGGUGACGGCGGGGGCGGAGGGGGAGGCUCGGACGACCGCAGCCCCCCGCCCACGGCACACAACAGGGACUCCUCGCCACCACUAGUAACGAAUGGGUCUGCGCGGUACCGAGACGAGCGUCCGACGCUCCCCACCGACCUGUCGGACACCAGCGACAGCGAGCCGGACAAGCCCCACAC